AGCAUUCUCACAUAUCUUCCUCUAUUCUUCUUCUCAUCAUAACUCAGCCAUGGCUUCUUCUUCUGGGAGGUCCAUCGUCGAAACUUUCCUUCUGGUUCUUACUGUGUCAAGCAUGAUGAUGAGUUCCGGCCUAGAAGCUCGUCGUCUUCUUCAAACAACACAGCCUUCGAUACCAAACAUGCCUGGAAUUCCAAGUAACUUGCCUAAACCUACAGGAUUGCCACCUUUGCCUUCAAUCCCAAGCAAUAUUCCACCAUUGCCUACAAAUCUCCCAAAUAUGCCAAAACCCAAUGCACUUCCUCCUUUUCCCUCUAUUCCUCAGUUUCCAACAGUCCCACAGGCCACACUUCCUCCACUGCCUAAUAUUCCUUCUAUUCCCACUAUCCCUACGACUAUGCCCUCCAUCCCAUUCCUUUCCCCUCCUCCUUCUAAUUAAUCUCAGAAAUAUGUUCACUUCUUAAUUACUGUGUUCAUUCCACGUUCGUUGCUUGAUGUGGUCCGCAGUACUCA